AUGAAGACGCUAAAUACAGGGCUUUUACUAUGCGGCCUUGCACUUGGGGCCGCAGCCGGCAAGAAGGACUGUGUUGAUGGCAUUCGAACUGCCCUUGAUUAUCUCGCUUUCAAUAUCACCGAUACUGACUACUAUAUCAAGUCAUGCACCAACAAAUUGGUGGUGACAUCCAUGUGGGCUACCGCAAAGCUCCUUUGCACUCCCGAGCAAAUUACAGCUGGCGAAGUCUACUAUGAGCCCUACUGUGUGGAAUAUGGCGGUGUCCAACUCGUCCACUAUGAUGAGGUGGCCCCUAUGCUCACCGACGAAUACAUCAAGUCUCUGCCGGUUGCCCAAUACAGCGAUGUCGAGGCCCUCACGAUCUUCGACACGCCCGUCGUGGUUUCCAAGACCUUCUGGAAGAUUGCUAAAGACACUACCACCAUUUUCGACCUUGAAUACAUCCUCCAUGAAAGAUACGGGUGGUCCAUGUAUGGGUUCUGGGGAGGCUUGCUUCUCAUCGGCAUGAUCAACCGUCUCAUAACACAUGUCUCUCAAUCUCGUCGCUUGAAGGCCAAGGACGAUGUCGAGGGAGGAGAAGCGUCCUCCAGCGAGAAAAAGUCUCGUUCGGGACCUGUCGCCUGGGUCCAGUCGGCUCAUCACUGGCUCAGAGCACAGAUCAUCAUUCCAGCGACAUUUGGCUCCCAUCACAACCGUCCCUUGUUGUGGUCCACGAUACCAACACGCAUGGAGACGAUAGUUCUGGUCUCCUUCUACAUCAUGACCUUCAUCUUGUGCUGCGUUGGCUACUACAUCACUUCCCCCAACCUCUACUAUACCAAGUCUCAACAGGCCUGGCGUUAUAUUUCCGAUCGCACCGGCAUCAUUUCCUACGCAAUGUUGCCCUGGCUGUGGUUGUUCGCCGGAAGAAACAACAUCUUCUUGUGGCUGACUGGCUGGAGUUUUUCGACCUUCAACAUCUUUCACAGACACAUUGCUCGCGCCGCUACAAUCCUGGCGAUUGUCCACUCGGUAGGGUGGUCGGUCUUGGAGGGCGGGUUCGGCUACUUCAGCGAAUCGUGGCACGAACAGUACUGGUAUAUGGGAGGAAUGGCCACAAUCACAAUGUCCUUGCUGCUGCUCUUCUCUUUCAUGUGGUUCCGCGUCAGGUCGUAUGAGAUUUUCCUCCUCAUCCACAUCGGACUCUCCAUAGCGACGAUCAUCGGCUUGUUUUAUCACACUAAAAUAUUCGACGGAGAGUACGACGGCUACCUGUGGCCGCUGGUGGCCAUAUGGUGUUUUGAUCGUGGAGCACGUCUCGUUCGCUGGGCAUACUGCAACCUUCACCUCAAGUGGUCCCACGCUGUUGUUAGUUCUCUGGCUUCGGCCACCUACGACAAAGAUGGCGACUUCAUCAGACUCGAGAUCGUGCCUGGAUCGGGCAUUCUCAAACCAGGACCUGGUCAGCACUACUACUUGUACCAGCCCAUGAAGUGGAGAGGAUGGGAAAACCACCCAUUCACUCUGGCGUCCUAUGAGACUGUCAAGGAGUCUACUCCGCCCGGUGUCGUGACGGUCCAUCCUGGUGCCGGCCACGACGUGGAGACACUGGCAGCAGCCAAGGACAUCGAGGUGUCUGCAACGGGCUCAUCUUCUCCCACGUCCUCGAACGCAACGCCAGACCCUUCGCAGCAUAGACUCGCUGUCUUCAAAGAGAAAGUCGGCAGCCAGAAACUCACCUUCCUUAUCCGGCCCUUUGGCAGCUGGACGAAGCGUCUCCGUGAGGAAUGCCUCAAGUCACCCACCGGAGUCAUCACGCCGCAUAUCUUCAUUGAAGGCCCAUACGGCGAGCACAGCGCUUUACAUACAUAUGAAAAUGUCAUCUUGGUUGUCGGCGGUACUGGAAUCGCUGGGGCAAUUCCUUACCUGCAAGACCACAUCACGAGAGCAAGCAACAAUGCACAAGCAUCGCGCAACGGCGGAAAGCUGGCCACGCGCACGAGGGACAUCACGUUGAUCUGGGCGACCAGGCAGUCCGCCAUGCUCCGCAACGUGGUUGAACAUGAGCUGAAGCCCAUGUUUGACCGCGAGGAUAUCCACAUCCAUCUCUAUGCCACAUCCGCCAAGCAGGUGCGGAGCGCUAGCCCCGACGAUAGCGAUGAUGGUCGUCCCAUGACUGAGAGCAAGGAGCUUGACCUCAAGAGCACCCCUGCCACGAGCAUCAGCGACAAGCUCAGCAUCUCGCGCGGCCGGCCGGAUAUUUCCGCCACGAUACGGACCAUCAUCAACGACGUCAACAGUGCUGGAAGUGCCGGCGGUCGCAUCGCCAUCUUGACCUGUGGUCCGGGCGGCAUGGCCGAUGAGGCCAGGGCGGCGGUUCACUCGUCGCUGAAGGAGGGCAAGCGAGGAGUCGAGUACUUUGAAGAGUCGUUUGGGUAA